GACCUCCUGACUGAGUAUUUGAGAGUAGCGCGACCAGCCGCAUUUCCACCCCAUACUAGUAGUGCAUCCACCAGUGUCGAUCCGCUCGUCAGCACGAGAGCCUAGAGAGCUCCUCCGAUAUUUGUUUUUGGCAACUGCCCAAUAUCCGACGAACUGAUAUCUCUAGGUAUUUUUUAGCAGCUCAUUUCAAAUUGGUGACGUUCCGCUCGUCUAGUUUUUUUAGUUCCAUCCUACCAUAGCACUUUGGCUCGUCAUGCUCGCGCAGAUCUCCCCGAACGCGCGGCCUCCUAGUCGGGCCUCGCCUAGGUCUAGAACGUCUCCUUCGCUAAGCAACCAGUCUAAAACUCAUAUUCACGAGGUCGAGGAGCAUACGGUAACUCGUAACACUUCGCUGUAUUCGCGAAUCGAAAUGCAACAGCACAUACCUGGUUACCAGUCCAGCGACGAUCGCGAUUAUCCCAGUAACUCUGGUACCGAUGUACGACAAGCCAUGGAGAUCAAUGACAGGACUCAAAGGUCCCCUCGUACAGGGAACGGCUUGCAGUUUCACGACAGAGAAAAUGCGGCGAGCGAGGUAGUCGAGGAGACAGAGGAGGCGAGGAAAUGGCGCGCGGUGCUUCGAGUGAUGACCGCUGAUUAUGUGAAGCUUGGUCGAUGCCAUGGAUUGCUGCAGCAGGACUCGGAGCGGCGACGAGUGGAGAUGGAGCAGUUGCAGCAGCAGCUGAAGGAGCUCGCGACUCACAACGAGACCCUCCGCGGGGAGCUCUCAUCCAAUGACGCGCGGGCGCGAGAGGCGGAGGCGCAGCUCCGCGCGCAGAUGGAGGCGGAGCGGUCGGAGCUGGAGCGGGGCGCCGCCGUCGCUUCCGCGCGCGCGGCUUCUGACCUCCGUGCGACUCUUUCCGCGCGCGACGAAGCUUUUUCCCGCGAGCGCGCGGGGCUCGCGCAGCAGCUGGCUGACCUGCGGCGGGAGCUACAGGCGGAGCGGGAGAGAGAGCGCCCGUGCUUCGAGUGCGCGGAACGCGCCUGGCGGGACGAGGAGGAGGCAGAGGAGGAGGCGGAGAGGCGCAGGCGCAGCGAGGCGGAAGUUGCGCGCUGGCAGCAGGCGGCGGGGCUGGCGGCGGCGGGACUCGUAAUAGAGAGCGCCGCUAAGGAGUAUCUCUUAGACCGAGUAGAUGAUCUGGAGCGAUCCGAAGUCGAAAGAGAGCAAGAGCAGCGGGAGAACGAGCGGAAGGAGCGGGAGGAAGGGAGGCGGGAAGGGGAAGUUCGCGCCCGCGUGGAAGCGGAGACCCAGCGGGAGCAGAUCUUGGCGCAAUGGACGGAGGAGCGGGAGGCGUGGGCGCGGCGGAACGCGGAAAAGGACCGGGAAGUUGCGCGGCUACAGCAAGAGUUUGCGGAACUAGGGUUACAGUUACAGGCGGCGGUGGCGGAGGUAGAGAGGGGGAAAGCGGAAGCCGCCGCGCAGCAGCGCGUGGUGGAGAACCUCACGCGCGACCGCCACAUGCUCGCGCGCAAGUCGGAGGAUCUGUCCGCGCGCACGGCGGCGGCGCAGAGGCGCGCAGCGGUGGCGGAAGAGGCGGCGGAGGUGGCGGAGGCGAAGGCGGAGGACGAGCGCGACCUGGCUGCGUCGCUCCAGCGAGAGUUACAAAUGCUGAAGGCGAAGUUCCUGCACCAAGAGGCGGAGAAAGAGAAGCUCGAGAUGGACGUGGCAGAGGCGCGCGACCAGCUGAGCGUGGUGGAGGAACAGGAUGCGAUAGUGAGGAAGAACCUGCGAAAAGCGGAGGAGGAGCUGGAUGUGCUGGUAGACGAAUGUGCAGAGAUGAGGCGGCUGCUGAGGCUGACAGUGCAGGCGUUUGACUACCACAAGAGCUCCAUUCUGCACCUGCCAGGGAUGAAAAACCUUUCAUCUGAGCUUAUGACAGCAGCGGCGGAGUUUGAGGAUGAGGAAAAGACAGAUGGAGAAGGUGCUAGCUGAGGAGGGGAGGAGCAAUCUGAUGGACAAGGCUGAAGCAGUCAGGAGGUUAUUGCUGUUCCUGCUUGCACAACAGGAUGCAGUGACUUGAAGAUGUGAUGAGAGGUUGGUGUGCAUAUC